UCUGGCUUGUGCGGCACAGACGGCGGCGGAGGGACGGGGAUGCUGCUGUCCUCUCGGGCAGGGGCUCCUGGCGCGGGCCAUGAGUGCCUCCACCGGCCUUACGGUGUGGCCAGGGGGCGGCGGCGGCAGCGGCGGCGGCGGCGGCUCUUCGGGCAUUACUGACCGUCCUUCACUUUUCCCCACCUGCGACGACGUUGGGGCCGCCAUGAGCAAAAGUCAGCAGCGGACCCCCUUAGUGCCACGGGAGUCUCAGGCACACAAUGGUAAGCUCCCAGAAAUUUCUUGCCUUCCAGAACUCCAACCCAUUGUUUCUCAGCAUCCCAAAGAACAAAAAUUGCCAACUCUGACAUCUGGCCACAAAUAUCUGGAUAACAAAGUCUUAAGAAAACCCUUUCGGAGAUUUCAGUUAGAGCUUACCUGGAAGAAUGCGGUGAAAAAGACAAAAAAGAUUAAAAAAGCAGAAUAUACCUCUGCAUAUGGCUUGAGAAAAACCAGUGAAAAUGCUGCCAUGCCAAGUCUUACUCAGGGAUCUGAGAGACAGAAGACAAAAGGUGCUACUAAUUCAUAUCCUGUCAGCUCUUGCAUUAAUGAAGACAGUGGUUGUUUGCCACCUUUGUACUUGCUGCCAUCUACACCAUCACAACAUUUUGACAGCUUUUACAAAAGCAGAGGAGAUACAGCCAUUGAUGGCAUUCACAGAACAGGGAUGUAUUCUCGGAAACCAGGCUGUUUGAAGGCACCUGAGGUGCAUGGUGGAGCUGGAGAAGAAGGUGCUGAAAGGUUGAAGAAGUACAACCAGUGUUCCAGCCUAAUAUCAUUUUCAGAGUGGUCCAAGUUCAAGCCUGGCAAAGGCUAUCACUUCACAGAUCCUGUAAGCGGAGCUCCUCCUCAAUACAUCCAGCGACUUUCUCAACUGACUGCUCUGCAAUGUGAAACCGUUCACCAAGAGAGAACAACGAAAGUCAGACAGACAAAGAAACAUAACACAAGCUAACGGUCAAGGAACAGGCUUCCCUUUAGGAAGGCAGGUUGGAGAUAGACGGAACCUAUUUCUACAGUAUAAAUUGAUCAGUGUUCAUUUAAUUGACUUACAUUAUGUAACAUACCAAAUCUUUGAUAUUAAAUAUUUUAUAAGUUUGUA